GCCAAGGAGGGAGGCGGUGACUUUGCAGCUCUUCCUUCUUGGCAUGUUGUGGCUCGUUUGGAGCCCAGAGGCAGGCUUUUUCCUUGACGAUGCCUCUGCUUUUUUCGUCGGGGAGGGUCUAGGGGGCAUUGCUCAAAAGAGACCAAAGAGAGGAAGCGGCCGAUUAGUGUCGAUUUAAGGGUCCCACCGUCCCCCCUCCUGCCGGGAAAUGGAAGGAGGCGUCGCGCAGGAAGAGCCGCUGGUGAGCUGCCCCGUUUGCCUGGUGGAACUCCCAGCCGCGCGCAUCAACUUACACCUGGACACCUGUUUGCAACAGCAGGGCGGAGAGGAAGACUUGCCCGCCAAACAGGUUGGAGGCCGGAGCAGCAGCGGCCCGAAGCCCGCCGCAGGGACGGGGCGGCCUUCCUUGGCUCAGCAGCCCUGCCCUAAGAAAAUGCGGCUCUCCAAAUCUCCGGAGCGGAGGAACCGAGAAGAGAAGCCGGAGAGUGACCUCGAUUCAGCCCCGGUGUUUUCCGUUUUUCACAGAGGCAGAAACUCCGGAGCAACCCAAGGCGGGGCGCCCCCGGGCGCUGCUGCCUCCCCAAAUCGGGGAAAUGGGGAGAGCGUGGCCCAAAAACUGGAAGGGAAGCCCCUGGCGGAUAAGCUGCGGCCGAGCCAACUGGGGGAUUAUGUGGGGCAGGACCAGGUGUUGGGGAAAGAGACGCUCUUACGGUCCUUGCUGGAGGCUCACGAAAUCCCCUCGCUCAUUCUCUGGGGACCCCCAGGCUGUGGCAAGACAACCUUGGCACAUAUCAUAGCAAAUAGCAGUAAGAAGAAUGGAACACGGUUUGUUACACUAUCAGCGACAAGUGCCAAAACUAAUGAUGUCCGAGAUGUAAUUUUCCAAGCCCAAAAUGAAAAGAGACUCUGCAAGAGGAAGACUAUCCUUUUUAUAGAUGAGAUACACCGUUUCAAUAAGUCCCAACAGGACACUUUUCUUCCUCACGUUGAGUGUGGAACCAUAACCCUGAUUGGGGCAACCACAGAAAAUCCUUCCUUCCAGGUCAAUUCAGCUCUGCUGAGUCGGUGCCGCGUUAUUGUUCUUGAGAAGCUCUCAGUUGAAGCAAUGGAAGCUAUUCUGAUGCGAGCUAUCAAGUCCUUAGGGAUCCAGAUUCUGAGCCAAGAUGAGAUACCCACCAGCUCUAUGAAUGGCAACAACAGCAAAGGCUCUGAGUUAUGUGUAUGCAUUGAAAGAAGAGCAGUAAACACUCUUGCCCAUCUUUGUGAUGGUGAUGCAAGAACUGGGUUAAAUGGGCUCCAGAUGGCUGUCCAGGCAAGGUUAACGAAUCCUCCCCAUCAGAAUGACAGCCAAGAGUGUUCUGCUAAAGGAGUGGUCAUCACAGAAGAUCAUGUGAAGGAAGGCCUCCAACGGUCCCACAUUUUGUAUGACCGAGCUGGUGAAGAGCAUUAUAACUGCAUCUCUGCACUGCAUAAAUCUAUGCGUGGCUCUGACGAAAAUGCUUCCCUUUACUGGCUCGCUUGAAUGCUUGAAGGGGGUGAGGAUCCACUGUAUGUAGCAAGACGGUUGGUAAGAUUUGCAAGUGAGGAUAUAGGAUUGGCAGAUCCUUUGGCCUUACCUCAGGCUGUGGCUGCUUAUCAAGGCUGCCACUUCAUUGGAAUGCCAGAGUGUGAGGUCUUACUGGCACAGUGUGUAGUCUAUUUUGCCAGAGCACCAAAGUCUAUUGAAGUAUACAGAGCUUAUAGUAAUGUGAAAGCAUGCCUGAGAGAGCACCAAGGGCCACUCCCUCCUGUUCCUUUACAUUUGCGGAAUGCACCAACCAAGCUCAUGAAAAAUUUAGGUUAUGGUAAAGAUUAUAAAUAUAAUCCUGUGUACAAGGAUCCUGUAGAACAAGAAUAUCUACCUGAAGAGUUGAAAGGGAUCGAUUUUUUUACACUAACCAGAAUUUGAUGGAACGGCCUGUGUUUUCUUUUCCCUGUCACACACAACUUAUAUUAAUCCUGUAAUAUUUUUCUUAAAAGUUAAUUUCAGUUUUAAGAAUGCCAUAUUUUUCUGGGCAAGUCAUACUGAACUGGUAGCCUCAAAGUUGGAGGCCUACCUGUUUUGCAUUUAUAUAAUAUGCAUAUUAAUUACAUCAUUAUUUUUGGAACAAAUGAAACCGUUUUAGGGAUAUUCUGCUAUUCAGAUUCAAGGCAAAAAGCUGCUCUGGGCUGGUAUGGAUAUGCUCAGUGAUGUUGUCAGAACAAGCCAUGCCUUUCCUACACUAAUUUUGUAGUCCCAGGAAAAUAUGUAUUCUAGUUAAGGAGCUGCUCCUUUUCCACUUGAAAUUCAAAAAGCUGCACAUUCCUAAACUGUUUUGUACUGCAAAGAAAAUUUUAUUGGAAGUUUUAUGCAAAAUAUAAGAAUUGUUUUGAAAACCUUGGAUAAAAUACAGAAAUAUAUUCAGUAUGCAGAUAUAUAGGCAACUGAAAUCACUGGAUUUAAGGAUAUAAAAGCAUUAUUUCAAAAAUUAAAAAAAAAAUUAAAAAUUGACCAGUCUAGCUGAUAUUAGACUUUUUCAAUGGCAUUGAUAUAAGUAUAUUUUAAUACUCCCAGUGCAAUCCAUAGAAUUUAAAAGGGCCUAAUUUUGACUUGUGCCCUUGGUUGGAACUUGAUUUAUUCCAGUCUAUGUUAAGGACUUUGCAAGAAAAAUGCUGCAUUUACAUCUUAAGAUGAAAAAAACCUAUAUCAUUGAAAUGUAACUUGCCAAAUUAUUUUUGAAACUGUAAAUAAAGUUAAUUUAGAAAUCA